ACAUCCAAGGACCAGUACCCGGUCAAGAAUUUGUCGUUGAUUCUAUCAGUUUAACAGCUGUUACAAUUGUUCAGGUUACUGGCCCAGGUCAGAAUUUUCUUCUAAACCCAGAUUUUGAACAAGGUACUGUAGGAUGGGAACCAUGUUGGGGAUUCCAUUGUGAAAUUAUCACUGAUGCCCAUACUGGUAGCAAAGCUAUGAAGGCUUCUGGCAGAACUCAGUAUUAUCAAGGACCAACACAGAUUGUACAGGGAUUAAAACAGAAUAGUUUGUAUGCUGUUGAAGCUUAUGUUAAAUUACUAACAGAUAAACCAGGAGAUGUAGUCGGACAAAAUAUAGAAAUUAAUUUUGCUUUUGGAUUCUCAGACAAAACCACAGCUUACAUCGGAGUCGCUGGUCGGUCAAUGGUGUUGACUAAAGAUGGUUAUGUUAAAAUGAUAGGCGAUCUGGUAACACCAAGUAAAGCAUUCAUCAGUGCAAGAUUUUAUUUCCAAGGACCAAUACCCGGUCAGGAAUUUGUUGUUGAUUCCACCAAGAUAACAUCUUUACCAGAAACCAGUGAUUAUUUAACUACAACCAAUCAGGUCAUCAACCAAAAGAGGAAGAGCAAUAUUAAUGUCAAAGUAACUACAGCUGCUGGAAUUGAUGUCAAUCAACUACAGAUUCAGAUUAAUCAAGUGAAGAAAGGGUUUCCCUUUGGAACUGCUGUAGCCUGUGAUGAAUAUGUGAGUGGUGAUCAACGAUACCAAGAUUUUAUUAACGCACAUUUUAACUGGGCUGUCACUGAAAACGCCUUAAAAUGGGGUCAGAUGGAGAGACAACCUGGUGUUCUACGGAAUGAAACCGCCAUUGCUGCCUUGAAGAAACUGAAAAGUCACGGAAUAAAAAUUCGUGCCCAUAACAUGUUUUGGUCUGUUCCCAAGUUUGUACAGUCAUGGGUUAAAGCCCUAACUCCAACAGACCUGAGGAAAACAGUUGUAAACAGGAUACACACAGUGAUGGGUCAAACACAAGGCUUAGUAGAACAUUGGGAUGUCAAUAACGAGAAUUUACAUGGACAGUAUUACCAAGAGAAGCUUCAAGAUAGAGAUUUUAAUUUGGAUCUUUUCCGAAUGGCCCACCAAUUUGAUCCUACAGUAAAACUGUUUUUAAAUGAUUAUACAGUGGUAGCACAAGGUGGUUUCACAGGUGCUUACCUAGCACAAGCUUUAAAGUUUAAAAAUUCUAAUACUGGUAUUUAUGGAAUUGGCGUUCAGUGCCAUUUUCCGGCAAACAGCGCUCCUAACCCUACCUUAAUCAAAGCACAUCUUGAUACACUAGCUCAAGCCGGUCUACCUAUCUGGGUAACAGAACUCGACGUAUCUAGUACAGACGAAAAUGAGAGAGCUGAUUGGUAUGAAACUGCCCUGAGAGCUUUUUAUGGCCACCCUGCUGUGGAAGGUAUAAUGUUCUGGGGUUUCUGGAGUAAUCGCCAGUCUCGAGGUGUUCCAGGUUCUUUAGUAACUGGGGAUGAAUUUAGGAUAAAUCCAGCUGGCCAGCGUGUCCUUGACCUAUUUGAGAACCAAUGGAUGACCAAAGAAUCUAAAAUUGGCACUGAGGCGGGACAACCAUUCACUGUUAGGGGUUUCCAUGGUGACUAUGAGGUCAAGGUUAUAUAUAAUGGAAAAGAAAGAAGUGACCUGAAACAGACCUUUACCCUUGACCCCAAUGAUCAAACCAUUAAUAUAAAUGUACAAUGAAUGUAUUAAAAAUUUAACUGUAAAUUAAA